AACAUGGAUCUGAGGCAGAGAUUCAAAGCUUUUUCGUCUUGAUGAACUGCAGUUUAGCGUUAUGCCAAAACAAUAAACUGUGGUUAACUUUAACAGUAAUCUGUGGGAACAUGCUAGCUUCACAGCCCGUGGUUUAAAGCUGGCUUGUUUCAGCUGUUUGAAGGUAUUGUGGGAUACAGCCCACUGGUGUAGUAGGUAAGGAAGCAAAAAUAAGUACGUUCUUAUGUAAAAAGAUCCUUUUGUCAAAAUGUUAAGUGAAUAUUUGUCUCUUGAAGACUGUGGAAGGUAAGAGAUCAAAGGUACAAAGUUUGGCUAAUUUUAUUACUCUGCUUCCUAAAUGCAACAAAACUAAAGAAUCCCUUUAAAUAUUAUACUAGUUCUAAAGUCACUAAUCCCCCACUUCCAAGCAAAUUCUUCUGCACCCUCCAAGACCCUACCUAUUGUUGGCAGCAGUGGCAAAAGAAAGGAAGAAGAUGUGGAUAUAGCCCUGACCUGGGCAGAGCUCAGGGGAUGCGAAUGGACCUUUCCUUGCACAGAUUAGCUGACAGGUGUGUGUGUUUGUGUUUGUGUGAUGACUGCACACAUUUUUUGGCUACACAUGCAGGUGGCAUGCAUUCCCUGCAGCCUUAAGGCCCCAAAGUUGACCCAAACAUGUGGGUUGAUCAUAUGCAUUGAUACUGUUGGAUCUGGGCUAUUGAUGCAUAUGCCCAAGUCAUCUGAACAUCGAACAACUUCAAUAACUGUUUAGUGGUUUCCGCCCGCUUAACUACUGAACAAGACACUUAAGUAUUUUAACUAUUAUACGUAUACGAGCACAUGCUGGGGGCAUGCCAGGUAUAUGUUGGAUGAAUAUUUGACUCUGAGAGUGUUUAUAUGUUACUAUGGCUGAGAGCAUAUAAGGGCCCUUUAGUAUAAGAGUAGAUGUGCAAAAAAAUGAGCCUUGCUUAUUUGUUACUUGUCAUCCCAGCUCUUCAGUCAUAGGUCUCCCAGCGUGGCUUACAGCUUAUUAACAAAAAUCAGAAAUAAUUGAACAGCAGCUACAUAAUUUCACAGUAAGACACAGAAUUUCAUCAAUCAACGGAGAUAAAAACCAUGAAAUAGCCUGAGUGACUUAACAAGGGCUUCACUUUGUGCUAGAAAGGCAUCAAGGUCUGUCUCAUGCAAGUGUUCCUAGGGGGGAGAGCAUUCCACUUUUGUGGUACCACAAAAUGGAAGGCAUGUUCCUUGGCCGUUACCCACCUCACUGCGGGUAGGGAAGGGGGUCCCCCCAAAGCCCUCCACUGAACAUCUUGGGCCAACUCAUGUGGAGAAGACAGCCCUCCAGGCACGAGAUUUCUAAGAUGUAUAGGGAUUUAAAGAUGAGAAGCAAUAUCUUGAAUUGUAUACUGGUAGGAGCUGCAGUUGUUUCAAGACAAGCAAGAGGUAUUCCGUUCAAGCAGUCCUAAGGCUGAAUUCGUAAUCAUACCAUAUUUUGGGCAGCCUUUGAGAGCUGACCUGUGCACAAGCAGUCAAGAAUGUUACCGGAGCAUAGCCAUAAUUGAAUUGGCUCUACAUUGGCACGGUUGCAUUUCAGCUGGUGCUGUAACCCAAGUUAGUGUAACGUGCCUCAAGCCGCUGAAUUGACUUUGGUUGCCAAAGGCGCUGUUGAAGUGAAUCUGAAUCCAGAUGUUGCUGGACUACAAAUCCCAUCAUCCUUGACCUCUGGCCAUGUUCGCUGGCUUUGAUGGAAGCUGGAGUAUAAUGACAUAGGGGAAGCCACAAGCUCCCCACCUCUGAAGGGUAAAAUGCUUCAUAUUCAGGAACUGCAUGUGCAAAGUGCAGUAGCAGUGUGUGAGUGGGCAGAGUGGCAUGGAUAAGUCAAUGGGGAGUCUCUGGACCCCUACAUCUUGGACCCCAACCCCUCAUCCUUGGUGCCUAUUCACACAAUCCCCAGGGCUUUUUCCCCAUCUCAGGUGGACACCGUUGUCAUAAGAAAAUAACGGAGGCGCUUACAGUGUGUUCCAGCACCUCUUUUUCUAGAAAAGUAGCGCUGACAAUCCCUACUUUGGCAAAUGGCAGUGUUGCCAUCAGAGGGCACUCCUACCCCUGUUGUACCUUGCCGGCUGCUACUGGCAAGGUACAAUGUCCAUGUGGCUUCAAUUAUGGCUUCUAAAUACAUGGCACACAUUGGGUCACCAAGCUUCUGCGGGUCUUAUCUACUCUAAAGUAAAUCUCGUUCAGUUCAAUAUGACUUACUCCAAAGUAAGCGUGUUUGCAAUUGCGGCCUAACCAAGGCUGUCCUUUUAUGGGGGAUGUAUGAGUGGAAAUGUUUGCUGGCUAUCAAGAAAAAAUGCUGGAUCUGCUCCACAGUUACUUUCAAUCUGUGACCUGAAUGCAUUCGAUUAAAAUGUAAUGAAUUUGUGAUUUAAUGCUUAUGGUUUUUUAUUUUUAUUUUUUUAAAAAGUGGUGGUGGUUUUUCAGCAGAGGCCAGGGAUUCUUUAGUUGUGAUUCCUGCAUUGCAGGGGGUUGGCCCAGAUGAUUCUUGGGAUCGUGUCCACCUCCAUAGUUCUGUGACAGGAAUGGUUUUUUAACCUGACUAAAACACUUGCUCAUUAAUAAAAUUAUGCUGGGAAUCUAAACCAUUUGUCAACCAACAUAUAAAAUGUAUAUUGAGAGAGAUUAAUGAGAGAGAUUCUCAGCAGCUAGCCUGAUUGUGCUAUUAUGUAUUACCAUGUUGACCUGUGAACCUUGGAAUACCAAGGUGAGUUUUCCAGAUUGCUUCAAUAUUAGUUUCAGUGCUCUUUCUGCUGUGAUUUUUUGUUGCAAAGGUGCUUAAAGUGUUUGCCAGAGGCACAUGAUGCUGGUGCAUUAGUGCUUUCUAUUUGAUCUGUUGUUGUUUUUCCUGGAGACCACUCUUCAUUCCCAUAAUCUUCUACCCUCAGACUGAAACGUAAGAAAAAUGUGAAAUUGUUUCUUAUAAUUGUUAACAUUGCUUUAUAUCAAUUAUUGAAUGCACUUCAAGUGUCCAUGUCCCAAUAAGGCUUCUGUAUCAAAAUUAUGGCCAAGUCAAAGAAAACACUCAACUUUUGGGAGGCUAAAAACCCCCUUGCAGGUGUAUUUACAUAGAACAAACAAGAGAUGGCCUUAAAAACAGGCAGGGGUUGGAGAACAGGAACGAGAGAUGCAGUGUUUUAGGAACAUUUAUUUUGAAGCUUGAACAUUGAAUGUUGGCCCCUUUCCUUAUAUAACAAGGGAGUGUGUCCAGUUGCCUUUGUUGACAUGUCCUUUGUCCUGCUCCCACAUGGAGCUAAGAAUGUUUUUUUUAAAAAUCAACAAAUAAAAAGACGGGGUGGGAUUGGUUUUAUAAGAAAGCUAGCAGAAACCUGAAAGAAGAUCCGCAGUCAGGACAGAAGAUUGAAAUAGCAUUGCUUUGUAUGCUGAACCGCCAAUCCGCUUCUUUGCUGUCAGAACUCCUCAUCAUGGUCUUCCAUAUCUUCCUCGUCAUGCUGCUCUCUGGUGUGGGCAGCUCCUCUGUUUUAAAUUCCACAUCGCUGGAGGACCAGCUUUUCCAGUACAUUGACGACCAUCAAGAAAAAUUUGUUGAGACUCUUAAGAAAUGGGUAGCUGUGGAGAGUGAUUCCAUACAACCAGCACAAAGAUCAGAAGUGAAAAAAAUGGUAGAAAUGGCUGCAAGUUGUCUCCGGGACUUAGGAGCAAAUGUGACGUUGGUCGAUAUGCCUGUCCAUGAGGUACUUGAUGGCAGAAAUAUUUCAUUACCUCCUGUCAUUCUGGCAGAGCUUGGAGAAGAUCCACUAAAGCCCACUGUGUGUUUUUAUGGACAUGUGGAUGUGAUGCCUGCUAAUAAGUCGGAUGGGUGGGAAACAGAUCCCUACAUAUUGACUGACAUUGGUGGGAACCUUUAUGGGCGUGGAGCAACAGAUAACAAAGGACCUGUCCUAGCCUGGAUACAUGCAGUGAGUGCAUUCAAAGAACUAAGAAAAGACUUGCCAGUAAACCUCAAGUUUCUUAUUGAAGGCAUGGAAGAAGCAAUCUCCAUUGGACUAAAAGAACUGGUUGAAAGAGAGAAAGAGCAGUUUUUCUCCAAUGUUAACUAUAUUGUGAUUUCGGAUAAUACUUGGCUCAGCACGGAAAAGCCAGCUCUUACAUAUGGGACUCGGGGAAAUGCCGGCUUCUCUGUGGAGGUACAAGGUGGCGAAAGAGAUCUUCAUUCAGGAGCUCUAGGUGGCAUCGUCCAGGAACCCAUGUCUGAUCUGAUAGCCUUGCUUGGCAGUCUUGUGGAUUCAUCAGGCCACAUUCUGAUUCCUGGAAUCUAUGAUGACGUUGCUAAUUUUACAGAAGAGGAGAAGAAGCUGUAUGAGCCAAUAGAAUUUGACAUAGAGCAAUACAAGGUUGACGUCGGUGUGAAGAAAUUUCUCUAUGAUACCAAGGAGGAAAUACUUUCACACUUGUGGCGCUUCCCAUCUCUCUCUAUUCAUGGGAUAGAAGGAGCUUUUCAUGAAAAAGGGAUCAAAACAGUUAUACCAUCAAGAGUCAUAGGAAAGUUUUCAAUCCGGCAAGUUCCUCACAUGAACCUUUCUACUGUGGAAUGUCAGGUGAAACGGCAUUUAGAAAAGGUGUUCUCUGAACGAAACAGCCCAAACAAACUGAGAGUGUAUGCUGAAGAGGGUGCAUCGCCAUGGAUUACUAAUAUCAGUGAUCCUCAGUACAAAGCAGCUGCAAAGGCGAUCAAAAGAGUUUUUAAAAAGGAUCCAGAUAUGAUUCGGGAUGGAUCAACAAUUCCAAUUGCUCAGAUGCUUCAGGAUAUAACAAAGAAAAGCGUGAUGAUGUUUCCGAUUGGAGCAGCAGAUGAUGGGGAACACUCUCAGAAAGAGAAGAUAAGCAGAAAAAAUUACAUUAAUGGAACAAAAGUGUUUUCCUCCUUUUUACUGGAGAUCGCAAAGCUCCAUAAGGAAUUACUGAGAGGCUCCAAGUGACAACUGCAACUUCAUGGCAGAUCAAGUGCAGUUUGACUACUGGAUUUGUAGUUCUGUUAUGUAUGGUUACAAUUCCAGAAAAACGUCAAAGGGCUCUUCCAUAAGUUCAGUUCCAAGACCGGCAGACACUUGUCCUACCCCGCAACUACCUCCCGCCACCUCCAUUAUGAAUACAUUUUGUCCUUUAAAUCUGUGUUCCAAUCAUUCCUACAUCUCUUAACGCACUUCAGAGCACAAAUAUACACUCAUCUUAAUACAGGUGGGCUGUUCACUGCUGUAUGCUAAUGAUUGCUAUUAAUGUCUUAUAAAUCAUUGUCAACUGCUUUGUGAGAUGAUUGUUCUGACAAGUGGUGUCCUAUAUAAACCUUAUAAUAAAAUAAAGUAGGUCUGCUUCUAUUACUACUA